AUGUUUUUCGGAGGUCUACUCUACCUAAAAAAAAAAGUUGGUUUUGCCGUUGACUCAAGUUUGACUUUCCUCAAAAAGGAGAGAUUUUGCGACAUUGAGGUCUACCGUGUAGGUCUACCAUCCGGUAGACCGCAAGUGAGGUCUACUGGUCAACGCAAAAAACUGAGGUCUACCACGGAAGUCUACCCGAGGAAAGUCAAACUUGAGUCAACGGCAAAACAAACUGUUUUCGGUAAUGGUUUGUCUAGCUUCCGUUUAUGGAAAAUGGUGGUGAUGGAAGACAAGUCAUGGCAUUUUGAGAUGGAUAAAGGAAAAGAGGGAGAAUGUUACAUGGAGCUCUAG